UGAAACGACUGCUCAGAGCAAGGAGAGAGGAGCCUAAGGUCAGCGGAGGACUUGGACGAGGCACCCCGCCUGGCUCCCUCGAAUUCUAGAAGCCAUGGGACAGCAGUUCAGCUGGGAGGAGGCGGAGGCUUCCGGGGAGAUGGAUGUGGCGGAGCUGCAGGAGUGGUACAAGAAGUUUGUCGUGGAGUGUCCCAGCGGGACGCUCUUCAUGCACGAGUUCAAGCGCUUCUUCAAGGUCACUGGUAAUGAGGAGGCCACCCAGUAUGUGGAGGGCAUGUUCCGAGCCUUCGACAAGAAUGGGGACAACACCAUUGACUUCCUGGAGUAUGUGGCGGCCCUGAACCUCGUGCUGAGGGGUACCCUGGAACACAAGCUCAAGUGGACCUUCAAGAUCUACGACAAGGACCGCAAUGGCUGCAUUGACCGCCUGGAGCUACUGGACAUCGUGGAGGCAAUCUACAAGCUGAAGAAAGCCUGCCGAGCAGAGCUGGACCUGGAGCAGCAGGGCCAGCUGCUCACGCCUGAGGAGGUUGUGGACAGGAUCUUCCUCCUGGUGGAUGAGAAUGGAGACGGUCAGCUGUCUCUGACGGAGUUCAUUGAAGGCGCCCGUCGGGAUAAGUGGGUAAUGAAGAUGCUUCAGAUGGAUGUCAACCCCGGCGGCUGGAUCACUCAGCAGAGGCGGAGAAGCGCCAUGUUCUGAGAACCCGGGGUCCCUGCAGGGGCCCACACUCCCCUCCAAGACGCCUCCAGGGUCCCCCAGGUUUAUAACG